CGUUUUUAGUUGGCAAUGGUUCAAACUUUUAUAUUGUUUGAAUCUCCUUCAGGUUAUGCUUUAUUUGAAGCUAAGGGAGUGGAAGGUAUUGCUCUCAAUUCGGAAUCUAUACAGCAAAGUAUAAAAAAGUUUGAUAAUUUUGGGAAGAUUGUUAAACUCAUCGCUUUUUCACCCUUUAAGAGCGCUCGAGAUGCGUUGGAAAAUGUUAAUUGUAUUUCCGAAGGGAUAGUUUCUGAAACCUUGAAAAACUUCUUAGAGACCUACUUUCCUAAAUCUAAAUUUGGAAAGAAGGCAAGUACUCUUCUUGGUGUCGCUCACUCUUCUUUUUGCGCGCAAGUUAAAGAUGCGACGGGUAUCUUUUGCGAGUCCUCCGACGUUCAUACUGAACUUAUUCGAGGAAUACGGCAACACUUUUCAAAAUUUGUUAAAUCCCAUCGGGAAGGAGAUUUAGAGAAGGCCCAGCUAGGCCUCGGUCACAGUUACUCAAGGGCCAAAGUUAAAUUCAACGUCCACAGAAUUGAUAAUAUGGUUAUCCAAGCCAUUUCUCUCUUGGAUCAGUUAGAUAAAGAUUUAAAUAAGUUUGCUAUGCGGGCAAAGGAAUGGUACGGCUACCACUUUCCCGAACUUGCUCGCUAUUGCGAAGACAACCACACUUACGCCCUUUGCGCUCGAGCCGUCGGUAACCGCAGCCACGCCAGCGACGACUCCGACGUACUUGAAAAGUUGGAGGAGAUUCUCCACGAUUCCGAUAAGGCCCUCCAGAUCCUCCGCGCCUCGAAGAUGUCUAUGGGUUACGAUAUUUCUGAUUUCGACUAUAUUCACAUACAAAUGUUCCUGGAAAGAGUUGCCCGUCUCAGCGAAUACAGAGGAGAGCUUCACGUUUAUUUGCGCGAGAAAAUGAACACGGUGGCCCCCAACUUGUCAGAGCUUAUUGGCGAAAUUGUGGGAGCGCGGCUGAUUGCGCAGGCGGGCAGCCUCACCAACCUGUCGAAAUGUCCCGCCUCCACCGUGCAGAUCCUCGGCGCUGAGAAAGCCUUGUUCAGGGCUUUGAAGACACGCGGAAAGACCCCCAAGUACGGGCUCCUGUACCACUCGUCGUUCAUUGGAAGGGCAACGCAGAAGAACAAAGGCCGGAUAUCGCGGUAUCUCGCCAAUAAGUGCGCCCACGCAUCGCGGAUCGACUGCUUUAUGGAAGAGCCAACCAACGCGUUUGGGAAGGCGCUGCACUCUCAAGUAGAAGAGCGGCUCCACUUCUACCAGACAGGAGCGACCCCGAAGAAGAACAUUGAAGUUAUGCGAAGCGUUAUAUCUGAGCUGAACAGAGCCGCCAGCAGCAAAGACGAGGGAGAAGAAAGGGUCAAGAAGUCGAAGAAAAAGAAAAAGAAAGAUAAAAAGAGCAGCAAAACAAACAAACUGAAAAGGAAGCUGGAAGAUACGGAAGACGAUACGGCUAUUAAGUCUAAAAAGAAGCUAAAGACCCUUCCCACGCCUGAGAAGGUCUCCAAGAAAAAAAAGGACAAGAAGAGCUAAACGAUAAUAAA